GUGACAUGAUAAGGUGCUGUUUGUGUGAUAUUCAUAGCAUUUAGUCGUGAGCAGACUGCGAACUUGGCACAGCCUAUGUAGUUGGCGAUAACAGGUUUAUACAAAAAUUGCGAAUUUUAUUCAAUAUUUGCGUGCUGUCACUUGAGGCAACAUGUUUUAAGCAAACUGUUAGAAUCCGAGUCGGAUGUUCAAGCACAAUAACUUAGAAAGUUGAUGUAAAAUCGACAGACGGCAAGAAAAGACAAUAACGCCACUUAUGUCAUAUGGAUGAAUGAUUAGCUGUGGAUCAAGUUGGAUAAUUGUGGAGUACCUUUGAGGUUUCAUUUCAUGUUUCCCUGCACAGAUGUUGUCGUACUAAAUCCGCACAUGAUAUCAGUAUAAACUGUUCUGAAGAUCUUCGCUGACUACAUGUACUACAGCAAUGGUGAAGGACGAAUGUAAGACCCUUUUAGAUGCCCUUAACAAAGUGUCUGCCUGCUAUAGACACUUGGUCAUCUGUGCUGGUGGGUCAUCAGACUCUCAGAAUUUACGCGAAGAACUGAAGAAAACCAGACAAAAGGCACAGGUCCUGGCAAUUGCUAACAAAGCAAAGCUAACAACUAUUCUAAAAGACAAAACUAUCAGCAAGGAUGAUCGAGCUGAAUUCGAAAGGCUGUGGGUGGUAUUUUCAACAUGCAUGGAGAUUUUGGAGAUCGACAUGAGAAAAGCUCUUGAUCUGGGUCAGAAGUUUCCACUGAACCUACCUACAAAACACCUCAUCCAGACUGGCAUGGUUGGGGGGACAUCUGCUGUGGCUGCCCGUGCCAUGAGUGUACAGAACAUGAAGUACGAAGAGGGCAACGACAUAGACACUGUCGAUCUGAACAACUUGGAGCAAGAUAUCAAUGAAAUCAGAGAAAUAAUGUACGAUAUGGAGAUGAAGGUGAAUGUACUUCAGUGGACUGUGGAAGCGAAACAAGAACUGGCUACUGAACUUAAGUCUGCUGCCAGUGCUGGCAGUUCAUCACUUGGCAUGAUGCCCAUGAACGAGGCUAGAAACAAAAAGCUGUGCGACACCAGUAAAGUCUUUGCUAGCACAAUGUUCACUGCUGUAUUAUUAUUUGCCAUUGUUCUCGCUAUAUGUGUUGUAAAAUUUGCUUAACACUUCAAUGUUGAUAUGUUUUCAUUUGCACAAGGAAACAACUUGAGACAUUUUGGUUUUUAAAAUUUAAGAACUAAGGAUUAAAUUUAUCAGAACUUUGCUAAAGGCAAUUACAUAACUUGCUAGCAUGUUUACAUUUGCAUUUUAAUUUCAUUCAGGAAAAUUGAUACAACCACAUCAGUUAUUCAUCUAUCUAGUGCAUUCUCGAGUUAUGAAUGUGUUAUUUGCGGGUUAAGUAAUGUGUCUUAAGUGUUCACAUAGCUUCUGACUGUGCCUCAGUGGAAUAGCAGAAUCGGUCCAGUAUAUCAACUGAAGUGCAUUCAGGCAAUGUUUCAGUGUUAAUGGCAGUAUUGUGUAGUGAGCUCCUUAAAUUCAUUCUAUGAAGAUGCAGUUAAAAUGUAUUGUACAGUAUUUAUGAUAAAUGUUAAUUUAGAGAAUUUAAAUGCUAGACCUUGAAUACUUUUCUAUUGACAGGUACUGAAUUACUUCUGGUUAGUUGUCAGUUUUUUUUAAUAGAUACAGGACAGGGAGUUAAAAGAGAUUGGAAACUGUCCUGCUGACUCUGACCAUUAUUUGUUUUGAAUUCUCAGCCUGAAGGCAUGUUCUUGGUAGUUAUUUGCCAAAUCAUAGGAAUGUGCUAUAAUCGGCAGUUCAUACUAUCUCCAUACGAAAGUCCUGUGAAUUUUACAAUGAAUAGGGCGAGGCAGUCAAAUCCACCUAUACUAGAAUGGGAAUGAAACUUUGUGCUAAACUGAUCCACAGACUGGCCAUCUGGGCAAGUGAGCUAACUGUACCCCAUUCACCCAUUAUGGUAUAAAUGAAACACCAAUUCACUGCAAGGUCAGAGGUGGUAACUAUAACAAUUGACACAACAAAACUGGAUGUUAAUAGUAAAUGCAGUUUUGCUAUAACAGUUUUCACCUUACUACCCAUCAAUCCAAUAAUAAGUACUGAUUUGCAGUCACAUAGUUAAUAGCUGACUGUGAUCAGCACAGGGAUAAAUGCAUGUCAAAACUCAGCAUUCCUGGGCAAGUUCCUGUUUGUUCAACUCAUUUUGGCCAUUGACUGUUUCCACUAAGAUUUAAGAAUUUUUUUUUAAAACUCUCCCUCAGGAUACUCAGUCCUCCACCUCAAAAGCAGCAGAAGCGCAAUCUGAUUAUCCUUAACCUUCAACUUCCAGAGCUGCAUACAAGUCAAAUAAAGAUCCACAGCCUUCAGCCUCCAGAUAAACAAUCUUGUGUAUGAUGCAACAAAAUGAAUAUGUAUUCUUUUUGCAUAUUUUCAUGUCUAUUUGAACUUUAAUAUUAACCUUGUGCUUGUAUUCUGAACUUGUUUGAUGUUCCAUAAAUAAAAGCUGAACAUUUACAUGA